UUGGUAUAAAAGUGCGCCACGCGAGCUACAUUGUUUCCAUUCUACAAUUGAAGCCACACGAAUUACGGAAGGUAAACAUUUUCAAUUUGAGAGCAGUAUUGAAAUGACAAAUAACGAAAAGCGCAACGAGGAUGAAUUCACCUUCCCGGAAUGGUUGAACGAGACAUUUUUUCAAAAAGUACUGAAAAAUGUCGAAACUGAAGGCGCGGAGAUCACCAAUUUAGAGCUGAAACCAGGCACAUUGAAAAAUGAUAACUACGCAAGCGUUUUGUUUCGAGCCAAAGUCACUUACACAUUGCAGUCGCAGCCAGCACAAGAGAAGGUUUCAUCGUUCAUAUUAAAAGUACAACCAUUCAUGGAGGGAAACAAGAAAGAAUUGAUGCAAAACUAUAGUUUAUUCGAUACGGAAAUAACUAUGUACACUAAAGUGCUGCCGAUGAUCGAAAAGGUGCUGCGACAAUAUGGUGACAACACCAUUUUGGGACCAAAGCUCAUCGCCUGCAGCACAACCGCACCGUCGUAUGUGAUUUUUGAAGAUUUAGCACUCAAAGGAUACACCACCAUAGGUUACCGCCAUCCUAAUAUGGAGGAAACGAAAUUUGCUCUACUCAAACUAGCAAAAUUGCAUGCCACCAGCUACAAAUUGUGCAAGGAAGAGAAAGACAAUAUCAUAACGACUUUAGACAAGGGCUCAAUGAAUUCUGCCGAUCCCUAUGCCUUUCCAUUUGUUAAAUAUGGUAUUGGAUUACUGAAGGAAAUUCUAAGCGAACACGAUGAUUUGAAGCAGUAUGUGCCGCACAUUGCAGCCGUCGAACAUUUACUAUGCGAAAGAACGAUCGAUAUGUUUAACGAAGCCGGCAGCGGUAAACGCGAUGGUCUAUACGUGCUCAACCAUGGGGAUUUUCAUUUGAAAAACAUGAUGAUAAAGAAAAAUGAGGACAAACUGACUGACGUUAUGCUGCUUGAUUAUCAGAUCAGCAUAUUUGGAUCGCCGGCGAUUGAUCUUCAUUAUGCGUUCACAAUGAUGUUUAGCCCGGAAAUGCGACGUGACCACUUCGACGAGCUACUCUAUUUCUACAUCACGAAUUUUCAGGACACACUGCGCAAAACGGAAUACAAAGGCCACAUUCCCACACAUAUAGAAAUUCGCCAGGAAUUGGCAAAGCAUAGAUACUGGGCACUCUUUUUACUUCUUUGCUUCCUAUUAUUCAACUAUGCACUUGUCGAUGAGAAUAAAGAUAUUGCUGGUUUGGUCGAGAAUGCGGAGGUAAUAAGAAAAGAAUUGGAAGACCCAAACCUUCUGAAUGAGUUACGAGAGCUAUUGCCGAGAUUUCUAUAUAAUGGCUAUUUUGAAGUAUAAUAAAUAUAAAAAAUAGUAAUAAAUUUAAAAAACUAAUUUACUUAAAUAAUAAUAUUGUUAUACAAACA